AUGCACAACAUAUCCAUGCAUGUCCCCCCUAUAUCACUGCAAAAGCAGGUUGCAACGGUGAAACAAUUCCUAAAAACUCAUACAUAUAGAUAUGCACCAACAGAGGCACAAACAUGGACAGAGCCUCCUGUUUCCGCCCUUGCAAUUGGCGUAAAUAAUUUUUUUUUAAUUAUUUCCCGAUUUGUAUUUCAGGGUCACCGAUUUUUUUUUUCUUUUCCACAUCAGUUUACAGUCAUUCCAGUUGCAAACUCCGAUGCACGGGAUUUGACUUGUCCCACACUCUACCCGCUAAUUGCCUCAAUUGUAUGCUCUUUAGUACAAGAAAAGGCAUGUGUGUAUGUCUUUCCCUUCCUCUAUGUUGAGCAUGAGGAGAGAAUAUGUAGGGCAAAGCAGCGAUUUGAAAGGGUGGGGUCCUUCUUUCCUGCAUUGUGCAUUAUGAAUUGCGCAAUGCGCACUGUGUAA